UGACUGAAAUACUGCCACCCCCUUAAACGGUAUUGGUAUAAUCCAAGUGUAGCAGACCUAGCAGACGAGCACCAACUUGUGACCAAGGCCAGGAGAAGUGUGAUUUCUGCCGUUUCCCGCAUUUUUGGAACAAGAGAAUGCCGAGGAAGAAGAAGAAGUUUAUUGACAACAAGAAUGCCGUGACCUUUCACCUGGUCCACAGAAGUCAGAGGGACCCCCUGCAGGCUGAUGAGGACAAACCUCAACAUGUCCUACAAGAGGUCUCGGCCAGUAGUGAGAAGAGAAGGGAGGAGCAGAGGAAGUACGGAGUGUACUUUGAGGAUGAGUAUGAUUACCUGCAGCACCUGAAGGAACCAGGGCAGGCAGUACUGGAACCCAGCGUGUCAAAGGUCAACAUCAAAAGGGUAGAGGUUACUGAUGAGCCCCAGCCAGCUACAGAGGAGACUCCCAGACUACAGCUUCCUGCAUCAGUCUUCCCAUCUGAGCAGGAGGAGGAUGUGGGCAUGCUCAACAAGGCAGUACCUCUCGUGGGCCCACAGCUAGACUGGGACCCAGAUAUUGUAGCAGCUCUUGAUGAAGACUUCAACUACGAUGACCCUGACAACGUCCUUGAGGAUGAUUUCAUCUCCAUGGCAACCGCAGCCCCCCAAGAUGAGGAGGAAGAAGAAGUAGACACUGAUGGGGAAUACCCGUCUGACGAGUGUGAGAUGGAAUCAGAGGAGGAGGGCUCUGAUGAGGGGCUGACUUACAGAACCACCAAAUCCAGGUUCACUGAAUACUCCAUCACAUCCUCCGUCAUGAGGAGAAAUGAAGGCUUGACUCUUCUAGAUGACAGGUUUGAAAAGCUGUAUGAAGAGUAUGAUGAUGAUGAGAUGGGGCCUCUGGACCAUGAGGAGCUGACAGGCACUGUGCAGCAGGACAGCCUCGUGCUGAACAACAUCCUACAGGAAUAUGAGAAGAAGAAAGAAGAAAGUAUCAUCAGAAGACUUGAUCCUGAGAAGAUCCUUGAGGAGGAAGGAGAAGAAGAUGUGUCAUCAGAAUCAGAGUCUGAGGAAGAGGACCUAGUGAAGAUGGUCACAGAGCAGCCCAAAGAAAAGUGGGACUGUGAAUCCAUCCUCAGUACAUACUCCACCUUAUACAACCACCCAACAGUGAUUAAGGACCCUCCUAAACCCAAAAAGGGGAAACAGAUCAUCCUGUCCCAGAAAAGUGGCAUUCCCAUUGGUGUGCUCGGGGGUAAAGGUCUCACCAAGAAACAGCUGGAGGAGCUGGAUAACAUGGAUGAAGAACUGGAAAGUUCAGAAGAUGAAGAAGAAAGUGAAAGUAGACCUACUCCAGCCAGAAGAAAAGGGGAAACAGCUGAAGAAAAGAAACAAAGGAAACAGGCUGUAAAGGCAGAAAGGAGGGAGAGAAGAAUGGAGAAAAAGGCCAACAAACUGGCCUUCAAGGAGGAAGUCUCCAGACAAGAGAAGGUUGUCAUGAACCAGAAGAACCUUAAGGGCAUCAAAUUAGCUUAAGACAUACCCCAAAAUCUCUGAACUAGUACUCUAGUUUCCUGAAUAAACGUACUCUUACGUUUAGUUUUUUUAGCCUCAAAAUCCACCUCUGUCCUGGUACUAACUUACUUACAUAUCCUUAUUACUGUCCUGGUAGUCCAUUCUUAUUUUGGAUGGUAUGUUUCUUAUUUCUGUGAAAAUUUGGACUUUGGUAAUAUGGGAGUAUUGUAGCCUGAGAGACAGUGUGAAAAUUACAAAUCCUUGAAUCAUGCUAACCUUUUUGGAGAAGCCUCCCCAACAUAUUACCUCAAGGGGUAUUGUUUUUGGUUGCAUACAUGUGUUUGCGCAGACAUGUAUUACUCAAGAUCCUUUUGAUGGAUUUGUAUAAAUUUUGGUAUGUGUGUUGUUAUGUUAGCAGUCCCAGUGACUCCUGGCAGUAUUUGCAGGUAUUACAACACUAGUGGACAACAUCUCCUUCCUGACAGUGGUAUAUCCAUUAACAGUCUGUCUGAUGAGGUCAAUGACCUCGUGUUUCACACCUGGUUGGCUUGGGGCUUGUUGCCCACAAACAGUUACAGUGCAUGAUAGGCUAGAGUA